CUGACCCGGGCUCAGGCUGCAGGCAGACAGACCCUCUGCUCCCUCCCGGAUUUGUACCGGCCACGCUGGGGAGCGUGGAAGCCCUCCCAGCCUGCCAGGCCACCUUCGCUUGCAGAGCUUCCCUUUGUAACCCCAAACGUGCCUUUCCUAAGGGCGCGUGAGGCUCCCUGGGGAAUCUCUCCCUGCUCUGGAUCACAACCAACUCUUGAGGGAAGGGCAGAGGUGGGGAGCAGGGCUGGAUCGCCUUCCCGGCAGGCGCUGGGGAAAAGCUGCUUUGAGCUGGCGCGUCCCACCCCGCUCCAGGGCGGGGACUUUGCCAUCCAGGGCACGGCCAGCAAAGCUCUCCCCAUCCCCAACGAGGCACCCGCUCAGGACAGCAGCUGCCUAACAGCCUGAGGACCCGGACAAUAAGAGACUGACCAAACAGGAGAGCGAUGGCAACCAUCAAGGGGGUCUCGAGCUUCAGCGCUGAGCAAGAAGCACAUGCACUGAGGAAGGCUAUGAAGGGACUUGGCACGGAUGAAGAUGCCAUCAUCGAGAUCCUGACCAAACUAAACGUUUCCCAACGUCAGCAAGUUCUGAUCACCUAUAAAAGCAGUAUUGGCAGGGAUUUGAUUGAUGACUUGAAGUCUGAGCUGAGUGGGAAUUUCGAAAGGGUGAUCAUUGGUAUGAUGACUCCUACAACCCUGUACGACGUGCAUGAACUGAGGAGGGCUGUGAAGGGUGCAGGAACAGAUGAAGGUUGCCUGAUUGAAAUUCUGGCUUCUCGCACAAACGAAGAGAUUCGGCGCAUUAAUGAGAACUACAAAUGUCAAUAUGACUGUACCCUCGAGGAGGACAUUGUCUCUGACACAUCUUCCAUGUUUCGGAGAGUCCUUGUGUCCCUCGCGACAGGAAACAGAGAUGAGGGAACGUACGUGGAUGAAGCCCUUGCUCAACAAGAUGCUCAGUGCCUGUAUGAAGCUGGGGAGAAGAAAUGGGGAACAGAUGAGGUACAAUUUAUGGCCAUCCUCUGUACACGGAACAGAUACCACCUACUAAGAGUUUUUGAUGUAUACAGAGGGAUCGCUGGUAAGGACAUAACGGACAGCAUUAAAUCUGAGAUGUCAGGAGACCUCGAAGAUGCUUUGCUAGCUGUGGUAAAGUGUCUGCGAAAUAAACCUGCGUAUUUUGCUGAAAGACUGUAUAAAUCCAUGAAGGGCUUGGGAACAGAUGACAACACGCUGAUCCGAGUGAUGGUGUCCCGCUCUGAAAUAGACAUGCUGCAGAUCAGAAGGGAAUUCCUGACCAUGUACGGGAAAUCUCUCUACUCCUUCAUUAAGGGAGACUGCUCAGGAGACUAUAGGAAAGUUCUGCUCAGGCUCUGUGGUGGGGAGGAUUAAAGGAUGCUGGCUGCACUGCCUGGGUGAUGGGAAGCAUUUGAUCAUAAGGAUUUAUUUCUUUUUAAUUUUACCAAAUAUCUUAUUAAUUGCUGAGAGCAUUGACUUAGAUUAGUUAAUGCUCUGGUUAGAUUAUGGCCAUUCUGAUUAACUGUUUUGAUAGGCUUUUAUGCUUGGAAGACCUAUUUGUCUACUAAUUGGGCCAGCAAAGCCCAUCUUGAACAGAAUGCUGUAACCAAAUAUAUAAAAGUUAAAUUGUUCCCUGACAAGCUGUCCUUUUGCCAUUGCAUUCACCAGCAAAAUUUAUCAACUGAAACAAACUGGGAUGCAGAAUAUGAGAGGCUGCACAGGGAAAAAAAUUAACCUCAUCAAUACAUGCAAGAAUACAGAAUGCAGGCCUGCUUUAUCUUUUUUGCAAGACAAUUAAAACACAAAUCAAUCUUCUAAAAUACAAGCAUGUUGAUCUUAACUUGCCUUCUGUUAGUGUGGAGCAUUAACAGCCUUGCUGCACUUUAUAUAUAUAAUACUGCCUAUAGAUCUGUAGGUAGGGAAGAUGUCACUGGUGAUGUAAAAAACAGCUCUUGCUGCCCUGGUUCACAGGACAGCCCUGUGUCCUCGGCCUGUCUUCCCUGACUCAUGAGAGUAUAAAUCAUCAGGGUUGUUACAAACCUUUCCUCUUGAUAAAGUGAUGUCAUUAGAAUGGUGCCUUUAAAGAAUCGCCUGUCCCCACAAAUGUGUCUCCUCAGCACCUGGUGCCUCUGCCUCACCUGGCCUUCCACACCAACCUCUGGAAGAGACUUUUCCCCCAGACCCUACACACCUGCCUGUUAAACUGAGUGUUGUUUUCACUGCAAAAAUGUGGUUCAUUUGGUUUAGAAAAUCUUUUAUUUUUUCUUUAGCUGUUGGUAUAUAAUCCUGUUUCACAGGCAUCAGACUGAGGGUAGAAUUAGAAGGCACGAGUACUGAUAUGGCUGACACCCCGUUCUGUCGCUCACUUUCUUCUAAAUUAGGCUGCUGUUGGCUUGAAUAGGAGAUAGUUCUGUGGCCUCAAAUAAAAUGUUUUUCUUUUUCACUCUCUUUGCUGUAAUGGGAGAUACAUUCCUUAGUUUUGGUGGGAGAGGGGGCAGGGCUUUUUCCAGUUCUACCAAAGUGUUCUGCUCAGUGAAAGAAAAAUCGUCUUACCCAGUAGAACAGGCGAACAGAUGCACUCAGGCUUGGGUUUGUGUUUCAACGCCUUGUGUUACAUUGCUGAGUUUUUUAACAUUAAUAAAACAAUUCCUUUCCUUA